GAAGAAUCACGUCCGGACACAUUCUCCACGGCCGUCCACCAUGUCUGUCCCCCUGGAGCAGGGCUCCUACCCCGGGGACAGGGAGCAGGCAGGUCUGGGGACCCUACAGAGACAGCUCAUCUGUCCUAUCUGUCUGGAAGUAUUCACCAAACCAGUGGUCAUCCUGCCAUGCCUACACAACCUCUGCAGGAAGUGUGCCAACGACCUCUACCAGGUGGGGUCUGGAGGGAGGUUCCGCUGUCCGUCCUGCAGACAGGAAGUUGUGUUGGACCGUCACGGUGUCUACGGGCUGCAGCGCAACCUGCUGGUAGAGAAUAUUAUUGACGUCUACAAACAGGAGUCCACCAGCUCUAGAUCCCAGUCGUCAAAGCGUGCGAGCCAGCCCACCUGUGAAGAGCACGAUGGUGAGAAGGUCAACAUCUACUGCAUCACCUGCCAGGUGCCUACCUGUUCCCUCUGCAAGGUGUUCGGUGCUCACAACGCCUGCCAGGUGGCACCGCUAACACAGGUCUACCAGCAGCAGAAGGCCGAGCUGAGUGAGGUGGUUAGCUCCUUGGUGGCAUCGAACAGCCAGGUCCAAGCCUUCAUCAAUGAGUUGGAAGUGACCUGCAAGAAUGUUGAGGAGAACAGUAAGACCCAGAAGCAGACGGUGUGUGAGAAGUUUAACCGCAUGCUCGCCAUCCUGGAGGAGCGACAGAGAAUCAUGAAGCAGCGAGUCACGUACGAGCAGGAGGAGAAGACGGGUCACGCUCGAUCGCUGGUGCGAUCCUACAGAGAGAGCGUAGAGGCCAGCACCAAACUGGUAGAGACUGCUAUGACCACCAUGCAGGAACCUGAGAUGGCUGCCUUCAUGAAGAUUGCAAAAGACUUGAUUUUAAAGGUGAAUGUGGCGUCCAGUACCUGCAUCGUGGAGACCCUGGAGCCUGGUUAUGAGAACAUGGACCACUACAGAGUCAACUUCAACGCAGAGAAGAGGGCUCUGUACAAGUUGGACUUCAUCAAAGAGGAGGAGGAGGGAGAGGAGGUUCCUGAGGAGGCAGAACCGGAACCAGAAUGUGAACCAGUUCUGGACUUAGAACCGGAGGCCGUUCUGGAACCAGCAACAGUUCAUGAACCAAUGGCACUGCCAGUACUGGUGCAAGAACGAGAGCCAGAAUCAGUACCACAGCCAGUGCUAGAGGAAGAACUACAGACAGAACCAGAGCAGGUGCCAGUGACAAAGCGACAGCUAGUUCCAGAACAUGGGACAGUUCUAGAACCAGUAGCAUUUCCAGAACAUGUGACAGUUCUAGAGCCGCUGGAAGUUCUAGAACCAGAGUCAGCAUCCAGUCAGGUCCUGGAUGCAGAGCCUGUGUUGGAGCUGAAGACAAGCUGA